AUGUUCCGAGGAACUGUAAGUAUAGGGCGCAUUGGAAAGCUGCUGAGUGCUUGGAAUUCAUCGCCAAUUACGGUACUCUGCGCAGUGACGAGUGUGGAAACGAAGUGUAUCAAAAUGGUCGCGACCGCCGCGAAGAAGGCGUGCAGCUUGGCAACGCGAUGUCGCAAAAGAGCUGCACCUCGGUGCAUGCUGCAUCUAGAAGCGGGUAAGCCGGCGCACGAGAUUCAAUGGCAACCUCACAGCCGAGCGUGGGGACGACGCUCCAUGGCUCAUUGUUAUUGCGUCAAGACCUUCAGGUUGCCAUUACGGCGGUGGGAAGACGUGCACGGGGUGUACACAGGCGGGCGCCUUGGCUAA